AUGUCGGCCGCCCAGGGCUGGGACAGGAACCGCUGGAGGGGAGGAGGCGCCACUGGCGGUGGCGGCGGCGGAGGUAGCGGGGCCAGCGGGGGCAGUGGGGGCAGCGGGGGUCGGGGUAACGGCCAGCUGAACCGCUUCGUGCAGCUCUCCGGGCGGCCGCACCUGCCAGGCCACAGACCUCCACCAGCACGAAGUGGACAUCGGUGUGUGGCAGAUAAUACCAAUCUAUAUGUGUUUGGAGGUUAUAAUCCAGACUACGACGAGUUGGGAGGGCCAGAUAAUGAAGACUAUCCUCUCUUCAGGGAUCUUUGGCUGUAUCAUUUUGCUACUGGAAUGUGGCACCAGAUGGGUACAGAUGGUUACAUGCCCCAAGAACUGGCAUCUAUGUCACUUGUGCUGCACGGAAACAAUCUGUUAGUGUUUGGAGGUACAGGCAUCCCAUUUGGUGAGAGCAACGGCAUUGAUGUCCAUGUCUGUAAUGUGAAGUAUAAGAGAUGGGCUUCACUCAGCUGUCGGGGGAAGAAACCCAGUCGUAUAUAUGGACAGGCCAUGGCUAUCAUCAAUGGCUCCCUUUAUGUCUUUGGAGGGAGAACUGGCUAUAUUUACAGCACAGAUCUGCACAAAUUAGAUCUCAAUACCAGAGAGUGGACACAACUGAAACCAAACAACCUAUCCUGUGAUCUGCCAGAAGAGAGAUACAGACAUGGAAUUGCACAUGAUGGGCAGAGGAUUUACAUCUUGGGAGGUGGUACUUCCUGGACAGCAUAUUCCUUAAACAAGAUCCAUGCAUACAACCUUGAAACAAAUGCAUGGGAGGAAAUCGCAACAAAACCCCAUGAAAAAAUAGGUUUCCCUGCAGCCCGAAGAUGUCACAGUUGUGUUCAAAUAAAAAAUGAUGUAUUUAUUCGUGGGGGCUAUAAUGGAGAGGUGAUCCUGGGAGAUAUCUGGAAAUUGAAUCUGCAGACUUUUCAGUGGGUGAAGCUCCCAGCUACCAUGACUGAGCCAGUUUAUUUUCACUGUGCAGCUGUUACAGCAGCUGGUUGCAUGUACAUUCAUGGAGGAUUGGUGAACAUCCACGAAAACAAAUGGACUGGGUCAUUGUUUAAGAUCUGGCUGGCGGUACCUAGCCUACUGGAACUGGCAUGGGAGAAGCUGCUUGCGGCCUUCCCUAACCUAGCAAACCUCUCCCGAACACAGCUUCUGCACCUUGGACUCACACAGGGACUCAUCGAGCGCUUGAAAUGAGGAUUUCUGGACUGUUCAUUCAUACUGGAAAUGUUAAUUUAAAGAGACUUCUUUAUUUAUGGGCAGUGUAGAAUGUGCUACAAAGCGGAUUGCUUACCCUGAUCAAGGCCUUAUUCAGAAAAUACAUCAGAUUCCUUUCUGUAAAUUGGUUUUCAAGUUUAUGGAAAUCUUGACUUUCCUUUGUGCUUCCUUCUUUGCUUCUCUACUCCCUUUCACAACCUCAGUACUCUCACACGUGCUUACAUACUCUCUCUUCCUUGAUGGAGUUGAGGGAAAGUCUAAAAGUACGUUAACGUUACAAAUCAAGACAAGAUAUCAAAUUUUUUUUAAAGGAACUCUGAACAUAUGACCAUAUCGGUCAGUGCUCCACAAAUUAAAGCAUCAUUAUAGAC